UCAUGUCUUAAAAUCGAUUUAAAACCAUAAAUUAUUAAUUGAACACCGUAGCAGAACAUAUUUUUUUCGUAACUGAAGUGGAAUAACUGUUUUAUUGAGUCUUAAUAGUCGUGAAAUCUCAUUGAAAAGACGGGUAACUCAUUUGACCAUGUAAAAGCCACAAAGAAGGUUAACUAUUAAUGGCCUUGGAAUAUUAAACAUUAUUUAUUAAAUAAGACGAGUGGAUCAAAAUAGCAAGCCUAUUUCUAUUAUACUGGAUACAAUUUAAACAAGAUUUUUCUUAUCUGUUUACACCUUACAAAUAAUAGAUAAAAAGUGAGGUUAUAAAACGGGGUUAUCAAUAGGUCAAAUUCUAUUUUAUGGUGUAAACAGGUGUAAAAUGUGUAUAUUGUUCGUUUAUGUCAACCCUAGCCCCAAAGAAGGGGAGUACAGGGUAAUUGUUGCAAAUAAUAGGGAUGAAUACUAUCACAGGCCAGCGUUGGAUGCUCAGUGGUGCGAAGGACAUAUUUUAGGAGGCAAGGAUAUGGAGCCCGGCAGGGAGGGGGGUAUGUGGUUUGGCUUCGCCAUCAAAGAUUUGGAGAACGGCAAAGGUAAAAAGUACUGCAUUGCAGCACUAUUAAACGUAACGGGAGAGAAAAUUGAACAUGGCGAUGGUAGAGGAAGGAUUGUCAAGGAUUACCUGACAACGAAUCUUAGCUUCGAUCAGUAUGUUAAAACUUUAGAAGAAGUCAAUUUCAGUGGGUUUAACUUUGUUGGAAUAGAAAUAAGUAAAGAUGACUGUCAAGUUUAUCACUACAGUAACACUCCAAAAAUAUUCUCUGUUUACUCGGGAAAGGAAACUUUAGGGUUUGGGAAUAGCCCCACUUAUACUCCUCUGACUAAAGUGACCAAAGGCAGAUAUCAGUUUGAAGAAAUCAUAAGUAGAGGUUUAAACAAUGAAGAAUUGGUGGAAGAGCUGUUAAAAUUACUGAAAAAUGAAACAAAACAUUUGCCCGAUGAGGAAUUAGAAAAAAGGAAUCCAGCAGCAUAUUCCCUGUUAAGUUCAAUAUUUGUGAAAAUUAAGGAUCCGGGAUAUGGCACCAGGGCACAUAGUAUCCUUUUAAUAGACUAUAAUUGGAAUUUCCAGUUUAUAGAACAUGCUCUAAAGCAGCCGAUAGAUAUUGAAAACCCCGAGUGGAAUAUAAACAAGAUCCAAUCGAGACUGUAAAUUAGUAUUUUUAAAUCUGUUAUAUGUAUUUUGUUGAUUUAUUAUUUUAUUAUUUAUGUAGUUUUAGUGAAAUAAGAGUACCAUUUAUAAAUCUUGCAAAACUA